AUGGAGUUAUCAAAUCUCUCCUGCUACCCCUUUAAUGAAGAUGCAAUAUCGUCCUUCACUUGUUCACCGGUACGAUCAAAGGAUUCGGAAUGGACUUUUGAGGAAGAGAAACUUUUUGAAAAUGCCCUUGCUGUCUAUGACCUUAAUUCUUGGGAUUUGUUUGAGAAGAUUGCUAUCAAGGUCCCCGGAAAGACAAUUGAACAAAUUAAACAGCAUUUUCAAUUGCUAGUUGAAGAUGUUAAUUUCAUUGAAACAUGGAGUGGUCCACUACCUAAUUGCAGAACAACCAACAAUGUAGAGCCUGAAUCAACUCCAAAUAGCACUUUAACUUCUGUUGAAAAUCGGCAGAAAAAGAAAGGAACUCGUUGGACUAAGGAAGAACACGAGAACUUUCUACUUGGUUUGAAAAAGUAUGGCAAAGGAGACUGGAGAAGUAUUUCAAGGAAUAGUGAUGUCCCUUCCCUAAUUUUGGAAAAACAUAUCAAAGCAUUUAUAUUUGUGAUUACAAAGACUCCAAGGCAAGUUGCAAGCCACGGCCAGAAGUACUUCAAGAACAAUCCUACUCCAUUUUACAAGCGUAGUACGUACGUUAUAAUAGCAUUCAUGAUCGACUAA